AGAAGAAAAAGAGCUUUGACACAACUGUCGAACUUGAAUGUUCUGGGGGUGUGUUAUACCUAUCGAAGAUCGAACAUUGUAGUGGAUUGUGUCUUUUAGAUAGAAGUUAAGGUAGAGUUUUUAUUAGUUAUCUGUAGUUGCUCUCCAAUUUUAUCCUGUAAAUCUGAAAUACAAUGAUUCGAUUUAUUCUCAUACAAAAUCGAGCCGGCAAGACCCGCCUGGCUAAAUGGUAUAUGAAUUUUGACGAUGACGAAAAACAGAAAUUAAUUGAAGAAGUUCAUGCUGUAGUCACGGUUCGAGAUGCUAAACAUACGAAUUUUGUUGAGUUCAGGAAUUUCAAAAUCGUCUACAGAAGGUAUGCAGGACUGUACUUCUGUAUCUGUGUGGAUGUCAACGACAACAACCUCUGCUACCUCGAAGCAAUCCACAAUUUUGUUGAAGUUCUAAAUGAAUAUUUUCACAAUGUGUGUGAAUUAGAUCUCGUCUUCAAUUUUUACAAGCGUAAAAAAGCAGCACCCUUAGCCUACAACCAUGGUGCAGGGGGGGCAGCCUACCUCGGUCACCCCCUCCCCUGAACCUAUAAUAUGUUAUGGUUUGGUUUACACUGUGGUGGAUGAAAUGUUUCUCGCUGGAGAAAUCCGAGAAACAAGCCAAACCAAAGUUCUCAAACAACUUCUGAUGUUAAACUCUUUGGAAUAAUAUUUAUACUCUUCCCAAAGCGUGAACAGUGAACUCAUUACAUUUACCCUUGAUAUUUUCUUUAUAUUUUGUGUUUGAUCAAAUAAUCUUUGUACAUUAUCUUGUACAUGUGUAUUUUUCAUAUGAGUAUUUCACUUAUAAGUUUGAUAUUGAAGUUGCGUAUUUUAUAAGUACAUGCAAAUUUAUUUUACCAAAUACAAGUUAUUUACUUUAUAAUUUUUGUUUAUUCUGCAACACGUAGUUGUAUUUGAAGAUAUAUUUAUUAUUAUUAUACUUUAAGAAAGUCAAUCUCGAUAUGAUCACGUCGAUAUUGAUUUAAUGUACAUAACUAUGCAUAUUACCAUUCCAAAAUACUAUUGAUUUUUUAAAUAUGUAUUGUGUAUAUUUAUGUAUAAUUACUACUUUAGCUGUAGAAGAGUCAAACGUUCACAUCAAAUAUAAUGUACAGCACAACAAUAACUAUUAUUUAUGUGUAAAUUGUAAGUCAAAAGUAUAUCAUUUCGAGCUCUAGAAAUGUGUUUAGUGUGAAUUUUUUAUUGUUAUACAAAAAUUUGACAAAACCAUUAUUUCUAACAAAUGUAUUAAGAUUGUUUUAUUAUACAGUCAUUAAAAAGUUUGUGUUGUUUCAAUUAUAAAUAGUACAAGCAAUAACUACCUAUGAACUAAUUAUAAUUUACAAAAGUGGUGGAAUGAACAUUAAACUGUUGAAGUUUUGACAUUUGUCAUUGCAGUUAAUGCAGACACAAUAAUGUUAUAUUGCACUAAUGAUGAAAGCAUGUUAAGAUAAGUGAUAAAAUUAAAUAAAAAAUGCCUUUAUCAUAGAUGUGGAACUUAAGACUUAGUCCUCUCUACCACAUAAACUUCUAAACAUGACAAUAUAGAAAAUAAAAUAUAUGUACUCACAUGUAAAACUAAAAAUAAAUUUAAUAAUUAAUUAGUAGGCCUAAUAUAAAAAAUUUACAAUUUAAACAUCAAAAUGAAGUGUGUUCAUUAAAAUGUAAAAUGUUCUCUUUUAAUAUAAGUAGAUAAAUAAUAUAAUGAUGGAGAGUACACAUUUGUAAAAGUUCUUAAAACAACAAGUAAUUGUUUUAUCUGUAGGUUGAUUUCAAUAAAUAUGCAUAAAACUCCUCCCUACUGCAAUAACCAACUAAACAACCACAUUACAUGUGCAAAGUAAAAUAACAGCACUUACCAAUUUGUGUUCUAAAACUUAAAAGUUUGCAUAGUGGAAAAUAUCAAAACCACUAAAACAAUUAUUGUAUAAACAUUGUUUUUACAGAGAACUCUUGAUGUGCUUGUACAAUUUGUGAGUGAAGCUAUGGAUAAUUUUCAGUGACACUGUAUGUAUUUUGUUGGAAUUGUAUUAUGAUUAUUAAAUAUGGAAAUAUUA